AUGAACUGGUCUGCUUUGGAGGCCCUGCUUAGCGGGGUGAACAAAUAUUCCACCUCCUUUGGCCGCGUCUGGCUCUCCAUGGUCUUCAUCUUCCGAGUCUUGGUGUUCGUGGUGGCUGCCCAGCGUGUAUGGGGCGACGAGAACAAGGAUUUUGUAUGUAACACGCUCCAACCAGGAUGCAGCAACGUCUGUUACGACAGCGUCUUCCCAAUCUCUCACAUCCGCCUUUGGGCUCUGCAGCUCAUCUUCGUCACUUGCCCUUCGCUCAUGGUGAUGGGCCACGUCAAAUACCGGGAACAGAAGGAUCAGAAGUACAGUGCCGUCCAUAAAGGCGCCCACUUAUAUGCCAACCCAGGCAAGAAACGCGGGGGACUGUGGUGGACCUAUCUGGUCAGUCUGGUGUUCAAGGCAGGCUUCGACGCCGGCUUCCUCUACCUGCUCUACUAUAUCUACGAAGGCUACGACAUGCCACGUGUCGUCAAGUGCUCUCUGGACCCCUGUCCCAACGUAGUGGAUUGUUACAUUGUCCGACCUACCGAGAAGAAGAUCUUCACUCUCUUCAUGGUGAUAUCUUCAGCUGUUUGCAUUUUAAUGUGUAUCUGUGAGAUGAUCUAUCUAAUCGUAAAACGCUUGCAGAAGCUGGUCAAAAAGCAUAAGGAAAAUGAGAGAAUACUAUUUGCAGAUCAGCACGAGAUAACGGUCCUGACCAAGCCUAGGUCCGAGUAUGUACGGAUAGAUCCUACACUAUCCUCCACCCACAACCUCAAUAAUGACAAGAAGGAAGAGAAAAUGACCAGUAAACUUUGA